AUGUCUCCCAAAUCAUCGUUGGACAAGGAGGCGGCCUUGGGCCAUGUUGAGAACCUCGACGGUGCCCCUCAAGUGAUUGAGAUUGACGGCUUCAGAGUCCUUGGACUGUCCCCCGACGAUGCAGACUUUUAUAAUAACUUUUCUGCAGAGAGGAGGAAGAAGGUCUUGCGCAAGGUCGAUAUUCGGCUCGUUCCAAUGCUAGCAGUCUUGUAUCUCAUCGCACACAUCGACCGAGCCAACAUCGGCAACGCCAAAAUCGAAGGCAUGGUGGAAGAGCUUGGUAUGACCGGAGUGCAAUACAACACAAUCCUGGCCGUGUUCUUUAUACCUUAUGUGCUAUUUGAGGUGCCCAGCAACAUUCUCCUGAAGAAAUGGGGCCGCCCUUCGUGGUACCUGGGCACUCUUAUCACCAUAUGGGGUGUCAUUAUGACUCUUACUGGCGUUGUCAAAAAUUAUGGGGGUCUCAUGACCACACGCAUCCUACUUGGCGUCUUUGAGGCUGGUUUCUUCCCCGGCGCGAUUUAUCUGUGCUCCUACUGGUACAUGCCGAAGAACUUGGCCACUCGCAUCUCCUACUUCUACUGUGCUAGUGCAUUAUCCGGUGCGUUCUCCGGCCUCCUCGCGGCCGGUAUCGCAAAAAUGGAUGGAACGGGCGGAUACAGCGGGUGGCGGUGGAUCUUUAUCCUCGAAGGAAUCAUCACAGUCAUACUUGGCGUCGCCUGCUUCUUCUGCUUAAUCGACUCCCCCAAGCGUGGAACACGAUGGCUUGACCCGGAUGAGAUCCGGUUCCUCGAGCUUCAGAUCUUCAUCAAGCAGGGUGGCAAGUUCCACGAGGAGUCUGGGUUCAAGAUGAGGGACCUCAAGAUCGUCCUGAUGAACUGGCGCCUGUACCUGCAGGCCUGGUUCUUGUUCUGCCAGUCAGCGACUUCCUACGGUACUAAAUUCACCAUGCCUACCAUCACCAAGGUUAUGGGUUUCUCGACGACCAACGCUCAACUCAUGUCCGCUCCCCCAUACGUCGUCGGCGCCAUCUCGUCCAUCGGAUUCGCUCGCUUAUCUGACCACUUUUACUGGCGGAUGCCGUUCGUUGCCAUCCCCAUGUCAAUGCUCGUUAUUGCCUACGCCGUCAUUAUUUCUUUCCACGGUGCCCUGUCCGCGAAUUUGGGCGCGGCCUAUUUCGCAGUCUGCCUCGUCUGUGCAGGAAUCUAUCCCAUCCAGCCGGCUGCUGCCGCUUGGAACGCCAACAACCUCGCUCCUGCGACGAGGCGAAGCAUUGGUGUGGCCCUCAUGAAUGCAGCAGGCAACUGUGGCGGCAUCGUCGGAAGCUUCAUGUUCAUCGACAAGGAGAGCCCACAAUACUACACUGGCUUCGGCCUCGGCCUCUCAUUUGGUGCUACGGGUUUGUUGGUGUCCUUCCUGCUGGAGAUGAUAUACAAGUGGACAAAUGCCCGCAAGGCGAGAAUGUCGGAGGCGGAGGUACGGGCGAGGUACACCGAAGACGAACUGCUUGAUAUGGGUGAUAAGUCACCUUUGUUUAAGCAUGUUCUAUGA